AUGAGUAGAGGCAAUCACGGUCGGUUUUUCAUUAAAAGUGGUACCCCUCGUUCCUCUGAAAAUUCAUUGUCUGUAAGUGAAAAAACUCCUGAAAUCAGCAACAAAACCUUAUCGGCUAUUCUUUCUGGUUUGGAACUUUAUGGUGAAAAUGAAAAUGACGCAGCCUCAAAUAAAUAUCGAACUACAGCAUCACCAUAUGACAUUGUCGUUCGAAUAAACAAUCUACUAGAUUUACGAACUCAUGGAUGGGAAAUCUUAUUAGGUCAACAUACGAAAUCCAUCAAAUCGACGACGAAAGGUACUGGUGAAAAUGGUGCAUCGGUGAUAAAUGAACAGAAAGAAGGUGUUGUUGUAAGUGUUCUCGGUGCGUACAACCGAGGAAAAUCGUUUCUCCUUAAUCAACUCUGCAAUGUUUCUCUUCCAACGGGAACUUUAGUUCAUACGGAGGGCAUUUCUAUCACCGCCGGACGUCAAAAUUAUACAAAUAUUGUAUUUUUGGAUACUGCUGGAACGGACACUCCAGUAAGAAAUGAUGAGAUCGAAUAUAAAAGAGCGCGAGAAGCGCUUUUACGAGAAGUUGUUCUUCAUCUCUCAACUUUUAUCAUCAUUGUUGUCAAUCGACUACGAACAACGGAUCAGAUUUACAUCAAUCAAAUCUUGAAAUACUAUCGAAAUUCGCCUCAUAAGAAGACUAUUAUAAUCGUUCACAAUUUGUUAGAUGUGGAAAAAAUUCCUGAUGUUGAUAAGAUCAUUUCCGAAGAAAUUCAAUGGAUUUUCGGUGCAGUUCAACAAAAAACACAACUAUCCAUCAACGGAUGUAUGAAAGAUAUUAUCUAUUUUACUUCAAAACAAUUCGGUGGAACUGAUAUUCGACAUUACAUUUUAGGAAGAUCAGGUUCCGAAGCUGAUAAACUAUGGAAUAUGCAAACUAUUGAUGGCAUCAUGAAUUUCCUCCAAAAUACGGAUAAUAAACGUAAUUUGGAUCUUAUCAAUGACAUGAUUACUUUCAUAAAUCAUAAAUUAUCAAAAUUAUUUGUUCAAAAUUCAACUGAACAAACACCGAAUUUACAAUUAGUACAACACAAUUCGAAACCAUUUAUCGUUCUUAGUAAUCGACGAGAUUAUGAAGAUCUUUCUCAAAGACCAUAUGAAUUAAAAUUAUCUGAACAACUUAUAUAUGAUGAUGCUGGAUAUUUCAUUCGUAAUGAAAGUGAAUAUUGGCAACCGAGAUAUAAUUUAUAUGAAGAUGAGACGAAAUAUCUUUUAGUUCUUGAACUACCUGGAUUUGAAAAAGGAGUUUUAAAGCCAAGAAUUUCAGGAAAUUCGAUUACAAUUGAAAAUAUACGACGUGAUUUGAAUACAUCAAUGAAUAAUCCGAUUAUUCAUCAAUCGGAUAUUCCGACUGGAUCAUUUAAAUUAAAUAUUUCAUUUCAACAAGCAAUUGAAGAGAGAUUUACAGCAGAACGAAAUGAAGGUUUUAUUAAUUUGACAAUUUUAAAGAAAAGAUCCACCGAGUACACAGAACCAGUAUAA